CUUAACUCAGCGGUCAGUCGAUCGCGACAGUCGAGUGAGUCCGGCUGAAAGGUGAUGACGCUCCAAUGACUUCGCCACGGAACCGCAUCAGAAUCAUUCUCGGCCUCUGGCUCUCGGGACUGUCGCUGGUUUUGGGCCAGGGUAACGAUGGCAAUGUAGUCUUCGAUAUGCUAGAGAUAUACCGACGAGGUCAGAGGCAACUGGAUCUGGAGAAUCUGGACGAGGGUCAGGCAUUGGCGGCCAAAUAUGAUUUCAUAGUGGUUGGUGGCGGCACGGCGGGCUGUGCCCUUGCAGCCCGCCUCUCCGAGAAUCCCAAGUGGCGCGUACUGCUCCUGGAGGCCGGCGGUCCCGAGAACUAUGCCAUGGACAUACCCAUCGUGGCCCAUCUCCUGCAGCUGGGCGAGGUGAACUGGAAGUACAGGACGGAACCCUCAAAUAACUAUUGCCUGGCCAUGAACGACAAUCGCUGCAAUUGGCCGCGUGGCAAGGUGAUGGGUGGCAGCUCGGUUCUCAACUACAUGAUGUACACCCGGGGCAAUCGCAGGGAUUACGAUCGCUGGGCCAGCCUGGGAAAUCCCGGCUGGAGUUACGAGGAGCUGUUGCCCUACUUCAGAAAGUACGAGGGCAGCGCCGUUCCCGAUGCCGAGGAGAGUCUGGUGGGUCGCCAGGGACCGGUGAAGAUUAGCUAUUCGAAGACCAGGACCCGGAUUGCCGACGCCUUCGUUCGGGCCUCCCAGGAUGCGGGCCUGCCCCAGGGGGAUUACAAUGGCGGGUCACAGAUUCGGGUCUCCUAUCUGCAGGCCAAUAUCUACAAUGAGACGCGAUGGAGCUCAAACCGGGCCUAUCUCUACCCAAUCAAGGGAAAGCGCAGGAAUCUGCAGGUGAGAAAGAACGCCCUGGUCACCAGAGUGCUGAUCGAUCCGCAGACAAAGACAGCCCUUGGAGUGAUGGUGCAGGUGGGUGGCAAAUCACUGAAGAUCCUGGCCAGAAAGGAGGUCAUCCUGUCGGCGGGAGCCAUCAAUACGCCGCAGCUGCUGAUGCUAUCGGGCGUUGGACCCGCCAAACAUCUCCGCGAGAUGGGCAUCAAACCCCUGGCCGAUCUGGCCGUGGGCUAUAACCUCCAGGAUCACAUUGCGCCCGCGGUGAGCAUGCUGUGCAAUGUGAGUUCCCUGCAGAUCAGCGAUAUGUUCAGCUCGGAGGCGAUGGCGCAGUUCCUUCAGGGACGCGGCGUUCUCCGGAUACCCGGAGGCGUGGAGGCCAUAUCAUUUUACGCCCUGGACGACUCCCGAAAUCCCGAUGGCUGGGCGGAUAUGGAACUCUUUGUGGUCGGCGGGGGACUGCAAACGAAUACGGCCCUUCGUCUGGCCCUGGGCAUCCAAUCGGACAUCUAUGAGAAUAUGUUUGGCGAAUUGGAACGUCAGAGUGCCAAUGGCUUCAUGAUAUUCCCCAUGAUCCUGCGGGCCAAAAGUAGGGGACGCAUCAAGCUGAAGAGUCGAAAUCCCGAGGAGCAUCCUCGAAUUUAUGCCAACUACUUUGCCAAUCCCUAUGACCUCAACAUCACAGUUCGGGGCAUUGAGCAGGCAGUGAGUCUAUUGGAUAAGCCAGCCUUUAAGGCGAUUGGAGCCAGGCUAUUCGAGAAACGCAUCCCCAGUUGUGCGAAAUACAAGUGGAGGAGCAGCGCCUACUGGGCCUGCUAUGCCCGCCACUUCACCUUCACCAUCUACCAUUAUUCAGGAACCGCCAAGAUGGGUCCUCGGGCGGAUCCUUCGGCGGUGGUGGACGCCCGUCUGCGGGUCCAUGGAAUCGAAAACCUUCGAGUGGUGGAUGCCAGCAUUAUGCCCUACUUGAUCUCGGGUCAUCCGAAUGGACCGGUGUACCUAAUAGCAGAAAAGGCGGCCGAUAUGAUCAAAGAGGAUCAUAACUUUGUGUAGGGCAAGCUGUUCUCAAUGGGCAGCAAAAUGUAUUAUAAUCGUGGGUUGAUCUUUAGUCCUUAAGAACUAUGUACAUAUAUGCCAUUCUUUGAGUGCUUUCUAGUGAAUUAAAGACGAAAAUACAGUACAAAUUA